AUGCGCUCCGUCAUUUUUGAUGGAAAGCCGUACGAAGUGAAUGUUCGCAGCAUUUCAAAGGCAAGCAUUGUCAAACAAACGGAUGCUGUGGUACGUGUUACCACAGCAGCGAUCUGUGGCUCCGAUCUACACAAUUACCAUGGCGUUUUUGGCAGUAGUAAGGUUCCUUAUUCUCUUGGGCAUGAAGCCAUGGGAAUAGUUGAACGAGUUGGAUCUGGUGUGGAGAUCGUGAAGGUCGGAGAUCGAGUCCUCAUCCCCGAUUGUCCUGAUAAUGGCUUGCUUGAUGUGAAACCGGAAAUCAUGCCCGCGUUGAGCGUUUAUGGACAGGCCGAGUUUGUUCGUGUCCCCGUCGCAGACAAAUCUUUGAUCAUACUGGGCGAAGAGCAUGAUCACAUAGAAGACAAGGACUUCCUAGUCCUCACCGAUAUUUUUCCCACGGCCUGGGUCGGAGUUUCCUGGUCCGGCUUUGAGGCAGGAGAUACGGUCGCUAUCUUCGCGCAGGCCCUGUCGGUCUUCUCGCCGCAGCGCCUUGAAGCCGCAGCGUCCAUUGGCGCCAUUCCGAUCAACUUUACCAAAGGUGAACCAUCGGCGCAAAUCCUUGCCCGGGAACCGGACGGUGUCCAACGCACUGUGGAUUGUGUCGGGGAGGAAUGCCUAAAUGGCAAGCUGAAACAUGAACAGUCAUUUGUUGUCUCCCAGGCGGUCAAGUGUACAAGUGUGGGCGGUGGUGUUGGGGUGAUUGGAGUACACUUUGCCUUGCCGACUUCCAACGGAGUGAAGCGAGGAAACACCAUUUCGCCCACAAUGGAUUUCCCCAUGACUAUUUUCUGGGAGAAGAAUUUAACCAUGUGCGGGGGUACAGUGGAUAGCAAGUUAUUUGUUGAGCCAUUGUUAGAACUUGUGAAAAAUGGCAGAGCUAAGCCUGGCUUUGUUUUCUCUUCCACAAUUGAUAUUGAACAGGCGCCCGUGGCAUACCGCCGAUUUGAUAAUAAGUUGGAGACUAAGGUUAUGACCAAGUUCCCUCGCGAUGGAAAGGAAAAUGGUCAUGUUGCAGCGGAGACUUCAGAGAAUGGGGAGCCAGAAAACGGCGCGGAUUUACACGGUGGCCAAUGGAGUGGCAAGACCAAACGGCGUUCGACCUCUUCACAAGCUGCUCAUAAACGAGCGAAGAAUUAG